GCAAUGGUUCUACUGUUGAAUCUGUCCGUCACUGUCUCUGGUCUUUGCGCCGGCUGCUCGGUCCAAACUAUGCUGUCAUCCCCAUCACUGGAGAGUCUGUACUCAAGGAACCAUGGACUGCAUCUUGCGCUCUGUUCGUAAUGCCCGGUGGUGCAGAUGUAGGCUACUGUCGCUCCCUGAAUGGCGAAGGUAACCGUAAAAUCUCCGCCUACGUCNAAAAGGGAGGUGCUUAUCUCGGUCUCUGUGCCGGUGGUUACUACGCAUGCAAGCGCUGCGAGUUUGAAUCUGGCAAGAAGGGGAUGGAGGUGUGCGGUGAUAGAGAACUUGGCUUCUAUCCUGGUACCUGCAGAGGUCUUGCAUUCCCUGGCUUCGUCUACCAUAGCGAAGCUGGUGCUAGAGCGGCAGAGUUGAGUGUCAACAAGCAAGCCUUGACCACUGUCGGUGGAGCUGUGCCUGAGACUUUCCGCUCGUACUACAAUGGUGGUGGUGUUUUUGUCGAUGCUGAAAAGUACAAGGAUCAAGGAGUGCAGGUGCUUGCAAGCUACACCGAGCGUCUGCAUGUUGAUUCUGGCGAAGGAACUGCUGCGGUUGUAUACCGCAAAGUAGGCGAAGGCUCUGUUGUCCUGACCGGUNUUGCUGCAGUCAACCUGACAAAGGGUGGUGACAACCCUGCCUACCCAAGGAUUGUCGAGGCUCUUGCUGCAGACGACAAGCAACGUGUCGAUUUCAUGAAGGCAUGUCUAGCCAAGCUCGGCCUGAAUCCUAGCCAGGAUGAUCAAGGUGUACCUUCGCUGUCUCGCCUGCAUCUGUCGACCUUGGAAGUCUCAGAAGUAUCAGAACUCGUAUCAUCAUGGUCUGGUAUCGUCAAAGAGGUCGACGGCAAGCAUCUAAUCAAAGGCGAAAACGACACCUUCAGUCUCGAGAAGCAGAGCGGACCAUGGAACGCCAAAGAAUCUAGUACCCUCAACCUCCAGAAAGUCGCCGAUGCUCUGCCUGCAGUGGUGAAAGAUAUCCUCCCAGCCGCCAUUAGCGACCCAACCUCCACUUCAACCACCGAAGAAGACACCAAACAAGACACCGGCAUAGUCGACUACGACAAGAUCACAAAAACCCUCCUCGUUCACGACACUUCUCUCCCCGACACUAAACAAACCNCCUACUUCAAUCACCACGCCUACUUUGCCAAUCUCGCCCACUACAAAGCCAAACACCAUCACGAUGUUUCGGAGACAUUUGGGAACAUGCUUCUAUAUGGUGAAGUCGUUACCUCCACCAACACACUGCUGGAAAAGAAUCCCACACUGCUGGAGAAACUGCCCACAGGCACCACAGCAACAGCCACUACACAGGUAGCAGGAAGAGGCAGAGGCAACAAUGUCUGGGUAUCUCCUCCUGGGUCUCUGAUGUUCAGUACCCUGCUCCGCCACCCAAUGGCCCUGUCUUCCACCGCCCCUGUAGUAUUCAUCCAAUACCUCUGCGCUCUUGCCAUCGUCCAAGGCAUCCACACUUACGACCGCAACUACACUUCCCUACCCGUAAAGCUAAAAUGGCCCAAUGACAUUUACGCCCUCGACCCCUCCAAGGGCCCAAACGCCAAUACCUCCGACCCCAAAAACUACGUCAAGAUCGGGGGUAUAUUGGUAAAUAGCAGCUACUCAGGAGGCGACUACACACUCAUCUGCGGCAUCGGCAUCAACGUCUCCAACACCGCCCCAACAACCUCUCUAAACGCUCUCUGCACAGCCGCAAAACUUGCCCCCAUGCAAGGCGAAAAACUGCUCGCUAGCAUUCUCGUCUGCUUUGAAUCUCUGUACUUGCGAUUCUGUCAUUCGGGCUUUACUCCUUUACUCGACACUUACUACAAGCAUUGGUUGCACAGCGAUCAAAUUGUUACUCUUGAGCAAGAAGGAGGUGCAAAAGCCAGAAUCAAGGGAAUCACUAGUGAUUGGGGGUUGCUUGUUGCAGAGGAAUUGGGUUGGGAAGAUAGACCUACGGGCAGAAAGUGGGAGUUGCAGAGUGAUAGCAACAGUUUUGAUUUCUUUAGGGGCUUGUUGAAGAGGAAGACUUGA